GCUGUGAACGAUCGGACGCGCUAGAUCGAAAGUGGCCGCGUCGUAGAGCCGACUCGACGAGACGGAAAAGAGCGAGUAAGAACACACAGAGAGCACAAGAGACCCUGCUAUCUUCUGCUGCUCACUAGGCACCAGCCCAUUACAGUCGCGCGGGGCAAAGCAUUAAGAAAACCUCCUGAGAAGAACAGUCAACCUUUUCACUUGCCUUGGCGAGAUCACUGCUGGACCGACCUACCUUCCAACCAACGAAAUCCACAGUGGGAAAAGAGGGAAACGAGAGAAAAAAAAGGAGCGUGAAAUUAGAGAAUAAGAAAAAUCACGAAAAUCGCCGGCGCUGGCGGGAAAACCGUGAAACGAAAGGAAAAGAAUAAAUUAUUAGUGAAGUUCCUAAAUUAGUGUUUCGUCAAGCUUUCUCUUCUUUUUCUGGGGGGAGGCUGCGGAAAACACGAGCCGAGAAUUCCAAAUCCGGGGUGUUACGGUGUUGACAUUUGUUUUCUUAAAUAUUGUUGAAGCGAUUUAAAAAUAGCGAAGAUCCAAUUGUAGAAUAGUGACCCCAAACGACGGCAACGACUACUCCGACGACGACGACGGCAGAUUGCAGUUGCAGCAGAAAAAUACGUUGAAGAUCAAUUAGUGCUGGAAUCAUCAUAAAGUCGUUGGUGAUUUGAGAGAGUGACGCGGGAAAGCAGGGAAUAUUGUCGCAAGUCCAGCCGAGUCGAGCGAGUGCAAAGUGUUUAGCAGCAGCAUAAAAAAAAUCUGUGACGGCUAGUUCGGGAGUUCGAAUUACCGCUGACGACAGCAGCCUAAAGCUGGCUACGAUUUGCUGCUAGGAGCACCCGGAGUGAGCCCUUGGCCUAGGGCUUCCGCGGGGCGGCCGCUACCAUGGGCACCCCAGUGAAAUGGUUAAUAACGACCACGCUUCUCGUAUGGUUCGGACAACACACAUAUGCGCAAUUUUGGCAAGAUUUGACAGGAGGCGUGGGCCUAUUUAAUCGAAACGACAGAGAUUAUGCGCGACCGGCGCAGCCCUACAUUGAUCCGAGCUAUAAUGUGAUAGACACAGUUACUGGUGCUCAGGGUCCACCGGCGAAAAACUGUACCGGUGGUGGAUGUUGUGUGUCAAAAUGUUUCGCCGAGAAGGGUAACCGAGGUUUCCCCGGUCCUCCCGGUCUGCAAGGACCGAAAGGCAUGGUGGGUUUCACCGGAUCCGAGGGUUUACCUGGCAGCAAAGGUGCCAAAGGUGAACCUGGUCCGAUGGGACCGCUCGGACUGAAAGGUGAUCGUGGUCGUGAUGGUUUGCCAGGCUAUCCUGGUGUGCCAGGAACAAACGGCCUACCAGGGGCACCAGGUGCACCCGGUAUUCCCGGUGUAGAUGGAUGCAAUGGAACAGAUGGUCUUCCUGGAUUACCCGGCUUGAAAGGCGAGCCUGGUCCACGAGGCUACCCAGGUCAACGAGGUGAUAAGGGUGACAAAGGUGAAGCAGCUCGAGAUCCCGAAAAUUAUAACAAAGGUCAAAAGGGAGAGCCAGGUCUGGAUGGAGUCGAAGGACUACAAGGGCGACAAGGGGAAGCCGGUGAACGUGGCUACGAAGGACGUCCUGGUCAACCUGGCAUUCCAGGUCCUCAAGGAUUGAAAGGGGACAAAGGUAUCAAAGGUUUCUGCAUAAAGGGACAAAAAGGUGACAAAGGAAUGAGGGGUACGGAAAGCUAUGAGGUUACGGGAAGCGGAGUUGGGACCGUUGGACCUGAGGGACAAAAGGGAGAUAAAGGUGAUGGAGGCAUACCAGGCACACUAGGAGAUAAAGGACAAGCUGGAGACCGUGGGCCAGGGGGUGAUCGUGGUUUGAAAGGAGAAAAGGGUUUGCCAGGCCAACCUGGUCCAAGAGGUCGCGAUGGUAAUUUUGGACCAGUUGGAUUGUCAGGACAAAAAGGUGACCGAGGUAUCGAAGGAUUGCAUGGCUUGAAGGGAAUGCCUGGACCAAAAGGUGACUCCGGUAGAGAUGGUGAGCCUGGUUUUCAAGGAAUUCCAGGACCACCCGGUCCUCCGGGCGGUGGUGAAGGGCGUCCUGGAGCACCAGGUCCGAAGGGUCCAAGAGGUUAUCCUGGACCACCGGGUCCCAAGGGUAUUGACGGCUUCCCCGGAGAUCCAGGGCCAAGGGGACAGAUUGGUCCUAAGGGAGGUCAAGGUAUUCCGGGCCGACCGGGUCCGGAAGGUUUCCCAGGAGAAAAGGGUGAUAAAGGAGAGUCUGGAGCAGUUGGUCUGCCUGGUCCACAAGGCCCCCGAGGAUUCCCAGGAGCACCAGGAACCGAAGGUCUACGAGGAGAAACAGGUGACCCAGGAGUAGGCAUAGUUGGACCCAAAGGUAACGCUGGUAUGGCUGGAUUCCCUGGAUUAAAAGGACAAAAGGGAGAACGCGGUUUCAAAGGUUUGAUGGGUUCCCCUGGAGAUGCAAAGGAAGGUCGCCCUGGUCUACCAGGUAGAGCAGGAGUUGACGGCCAAAAAGGAGAUUCUGGACGUCCAGGUUUAUCAGGAGCAAAGGGAGAUCGUGGUGAAAAGGGAGAGAUUGGUGGCCGUUGUUCGGAUUGCCGACCAGGACUUAAGGGAGAGAAAGGUGAACGUGGAUACGAUGGAACAGCAGGACGUCCUGGAGCCUCUGGCCCACCUGGUGAACGAGGUUAUCCCGGAGAAAUUGGUGUUGAUGGAAGCCCAGGACCACGUGGUGCGCCUGGACUUAAGGGUGAAUCAGGUAUCCCAGGUGUUCCAGGAGCCGAGGGUCCUGCAGGUGCACCAGCACUGAUAAACUGGAAUUUAGUGCAGCCCGUUAAAGGUGAAAAAGGACCGAUGGGACAACCUGGAAUUGCCGGUAUCAAGGGAGAGAGAGGAGAACGAGGUAACUCUGGCCCUGUUGGACCGAGAGGUCCUGCAGGUCCUAAGGGAGACAAAGGACGGCCGGGUGAACCAGGUAUCGAUGGUACUCCAGGACCGUUAGGUCGCGAUGGAACACCGGGAAAACCAGGAGAAUCGAUUAGAGGUGAUCCAGGUCUGAAGGGUAAUCCAGGAUAUCAAGGCGAAAAAGGUGACAAAGGUAUUGUGGGCUUCAAGGGUGAGCCAGGAAGAUGCGCUAGUAUUCCUCCGAAUCUAGAAGCUGCUGUCAAGGGCCCACCAGGAGCUCCUGGUGACAAAGGUUUCAUGGGUCCGCAAGGUAUUAGAGGAGAAAAGGGAGACAAAGGAGAUCGUGGUUUGACUGGACUUGGUGGAUCUCAGGGUCCACAAGGUCCCCCCGGUCCAGUUGGCCCUAGAGGUCUUCCUGGUCCUCGAGGAGAAAAGGGCAUUCCCGGUCCAAUGGGAUUCCCUGGUAACACCGGCAAGGACGGCAACUCAGGUAUUCCAGGACUACCCGGAUCGAAAGGAACCAAAGGUGACCCAGGUCUAUCGAUGGUUGGCCCACCAGGUCCGAAAGGUAACACGGGUUUGCGAGGUCCAAAGGGAGAUCGUGGUGGCUCUGGUGAUCGUGGUGAUACAGGCCCGCCUGGUAUCGUUGGCUAUCCUGGUGAGAAAGGCGACGCCGGAAUUGCUGGUUUCCCUGGUCUACCUGGACAAGUCGGUCCGAAGGGUGAGCUUGGUCCGAAAGGACCUGCUGGCCUUCCAGGAGCUCCUGGUCGACCAGGUAUUGAUGGCGUGAAAGGUUUGCCGGGUCUCAAAGGUGAUGUUGGUGCUCCGGGAGUGAUUGGAUGGCCUGGACAGAAGGGUGAUACAGGUCCCCCGGGUAAUGACGGUUCGAAAGGAUUCCAGGGUCGAAAGGGAGUUCAAGGUUUGCCGGGAGCCCCAGGAUUGCCAGGAUUACAAGGACCGAAAGGUGAACGUGGAGACAAGGGAGACAAAGGAGAGUAUGGCCUAUCGGGAGCUCCUGGUUUGUUAGGUCCUCCAGGACCUCCUGGUCCAAAAGGAGAUAAGGGUUUGUUGGGUCCACCUGGAUUAGACGGAUUAACAGGACUACCAGGAGACAAGGGUGAUCGUGGAUUCACUGGAACACCUGGUCUUGUAGGCGAACCUGGCUCCUCUUCCGAAAAAGGACAGAAAGGUGAACCAGGUGCUCCAGGAUUGCGUGGAAUUGACGGCCGACCAGGUUUGAAUGGUAUUUCUGGACCAAAGGGUGAACCAGGACUUCCAGGAUAUGGAAGGCCUGGAGCUUCGGGUGAGAAAGGUGAUCGCGGAAAUCCUGGCCUCGAUGGUUUAUCAGGCCUUGAUGGACCGAAAGGUGAUGCUGGAGUUACUGGUUUCCCAGGUAUUAAAGGUGACAAGGGUAGCUCUGGUCUCCCAGGUGUUCCGGGCUCACCUGGUAUGGAUGGUCUUCCUGGUACUGAAGGUGCUCCAGGUCUCCGUGGUUUGGAUGGCGAAAAGGGUUCUAAGGGUGAAAUUGGACGCAUAGGAGAACGAGGUGAUCGUGGUGAAAAGGGUGACAUGGGACCACCAGGACCGGCUGGAUAUAUGGGUCUGAAGGGUGACCGCGGUGUUCCGGGAGAACGAGGAGCUCCAGCAACCGUUCAGGAUGUUAAGGGAGACAAGGGUGAUCAAGGAUUGCCAGGAGCUCCUGGAGCUCCAGGUAAGGUGGGCGUUCCUGGAUUAAUUGGAGAAAUUGGUAUGAAAGGAGCGCAAGGUGUGCAAGGUCAACCUGGUUUCCCAGGACCACCGGGGCUAUCAGGCUUGCCUGGUAUGAAAGGUGAUCUUGGACCUGCAGGAGAGAAGGGUGAACCAUGCCCAGUGGUCAAAGGAGAAAAGGGUCUACCUGGACGCCCUGGAAAGAAUGGAAGGGAUGGUGGCCCUGGACCAGCAGGAGAAAAGGGUGACAAAGGACUGCCUGGUUUGGUUGGUCCCGAGGGCCCAGUUGGUUUACCUGGUCCUCUAGGAAGACAAGGUGAAAAGGGUGAUCGAGGUGACUCGGGUAUUGAAGGCCGACCAGGAAAGGACGGAUUCCCGGGACCGCAGGGACUUAAGGGUGAUCGCGGAUUUCCAGGAGAGAAAGGCAAUCCAGGACCCCCAGGAUUCCCUGGACCACAGGGUGAGAAAGGUGACAGAGGUCGAGAUGGUCGCGAUGGCUUCAAUGGUCCUCAAGGUCUCAAGGGUGAACGUGGUCCACAAGGACCGGAAGGUGCAACAGGAUUGGGUGGCGUAUUUGGAGAAAAGGGUGACAAGGGCAACCGAGGUCUUCCUGGUCUUGAUGGUGCUCCAGGCGAAAAAGGUCAAAAGGGUGAAACCCCAUUGUUGCCUCCACAGCGCAAAGGUCCUCCUGGUCCACCUGGCUUUGAUGGCCAGAAGGGUGAAAAGGGACUAGUCGGUAUUCAAGGACCACCAGGUAUCCCUGGAUCACCUGGAGCGCCUGGUGAAAUCGGCUUGCGUGGCAUUGAAGGUGCACGUGGUCUACAGGGCAUCCGAGGUGAGAUUGGCCUAGAAGGACGUGCUGGUCGUGAUGGUUUCCCAGGAACACCAGGUGCGAAGGGAGAGCAAGGUGCUCCAUGUUCUCCAGCCCCUGAUUAUCUUACUGGAAUCCUACUCGUCCGACACAGUCAGUCGGAAGAAAUUCCACAGUGUGAACCGGGCCAUGUCAAACUAUGGGAUGGUUACUCUCUGCUGUACGUCGAUGGAAACGAUUAUCCACACAAUCAGGACUUGGGUUCCGCUGGUUCAUGUGUUCGUAAGUUCUCAACACUGCCAAUUCUGGCCUGUGGUCAGAAUAAUGUUUGCAACUAUGCCUCGAGAAAUGAUAGGACUUUCUGGUUGUCUACGUCGGCUCCGAUACCGAUGAUGCCUGUGAGUGAGCAUGAGAUGCGUCCAUACAUUUCACGUUGUACGGUCUGCGAAGUGCCGUCCAAUGUGAUAGCGGUACACAGUCAAUCGUUGGCGAUACCAAACUGCCCCAAUGGCUGGGAGGGUCUAUGGAUCGGUUACAGUUUCUUAAUGCACACUGCCGUUGGCCAUGGUGGUGGCGGUCAGUCCCUAUCAGGACCUGGUUCCUGCUUAGAGGACUUCCGUGCCACUCCCUUCAUCGAGUGUAACGGUGGCAAGGGUCAUUGCCACUACUACGAGACGCAGACAUCGUUCUGGCUCGUUUCGCUCGAAGACCACCAACAGUUCGAGCGGCCGCAGCAACAGACCCUCAAGGCCGGCAAUUUGCUAUCGAGAGUAUCCAGAUGUCAAGUGUGUACUCGAGUCUAGUUCUAACUUCUCUUCCAGUAGUGUGCACAUCCGACGAUUGCAAUAGUAUGUGCCUUCUUAAGUUAUUUCUCAAAAGAUUGAGAUCAUGUUUUAGAGAUGUUUUUUGUAGGGAGAAGUGUAACUAGAUUCUAUGUCGUAGAAGAAAAGUCCGAAAAGAAACCAAAAAUAUGUAAAAACUGAAAGUAUGUAAGUAAACGAGUUUAAAUUCCUGUAGCUUUUAUAGAGAGGAUACGCAAUCAUGUUAAGGUAUACUUGAAAGAAGAAGAAGAAGGUGAAAACCCGUGCUAGUUUCCAGUAGUUAAUUUGUUUGUAAUACCAUAAAACUGCCCACGUUUUGGAAAUACUACCAACAAAACCACUCACUAAAGUAACACCGCCGAUUUUCCUUAAUCAAAAACCUCCCAGCAACGAAUUUAGCUAGCUAGUAACGAAAGAGUAUAUGUCUAAUUUUACCAGUGCGACUAUCAUUGUGAUUGAUUUCGAUUGUACGAUUAAAUGUGUAACAGUUUCCAAUACUGCCCAGGAUCGCCAUUUCGGUUUAAAACUCAAAGAGUGUAACCCUGCAAAUUGAUGUGUUCAUUAAACAGCGAAAAAGGGAAUCCAAAUUUUCCAAGUGGACAUGUCGACCGACAUCUAAAUUUUAACUAGAAUUAAUAGCUACGAUUAAUUACCGAUUAAAGUGCCAUCAGCGACAGUCAUUCAGAAAACAAAAGGAAAAUCUACAGCAAAUGCCAUUAUGAAAGAAGUCCAGUACGAAGAAAUCCUUACUAAAAAUUUGCAUUUUGUGAACUGUACAUUUCCGCUAUUUUUACGCUAAGUGUUGUAACCAAGUAACUUUUACAUAUAUUUUUUUUGCGAUUUCAUUCAGUGUACUAGUACCGAAACAGUCAGAAUAAAGUUCUUACAAAAAUUA